CCCGGGCCGCCAUGACCUGGAGCGCCACGGCGCGCGGCGCGCACCAGCCCGACAACACUGCGUUCACGCAGCAGCGCCUCCCGGCCUGGCAACCGCUGCUGUCAGCCAGCAUCGCGCUGCCGCUCUUCUUCUGCGCCGGCCUGGCCUUCAUCGGCCUCGGCCUGGGCCUCUACUACUCCUCCAACGGCAUCAAGGAGCUCCAGUACGACUACACCGGCAACCCCGGCACCGGCAACUGCUCGGUGUGCGCCAUGGCCGGCCAGGGCCGCGCGCCGCCGCCCAGCUGCUGGUGCGCCUGGUACUUCUCGCUGCCCGAGCUGUUCCAGGGCCCCGUGUUCUUCUACUACGAGCUCUCCAACUUCUACCAGAACAACCGGCGCUACGGCGUGUCCCGCGACGACGCGCAGCUGAGCGGCGUGCAGAGCGCGCUGCGCCACCCGGCCAACGAGUGCGCCCCCUACCAGCGCAGCCCCGCCGGCCUGCCCAUCGCGCCCUGCGGCGCCAUCGCCAACAGCCUUUUCAACGACUCCUUCUCGCUGUGGCACCAGUGGCGGCCCGGCGGGCCCUACGUCCGGGUGCCGCUCGACCGCACCGGCAUCGCCUGGUGGACCGACUUGCACAUCAAGUUCCGAAACCCGCCGCUGGUGAACGGCAGCCUGGCGCUGGCCUUCCAGGGCACCGCGCACCCGCCCAACUGGCGCCGGCCGGUCUAUGAUCUCAGCUCCGACCCCAACAACACCGGCUUCAUCAACCAGGACUUCGUGGUGUGGAUGCGCACCGCGGCGCUGCCCACCUUCCGCAAGCUGUACGCGCGCAUCCGCCAGGGCAACUACUCCACGGGCCUGCCGCGGGGCUCCUACUUUGUCAACAUCUCCUACAACUACCCGGUGCGCGCCUUCGGUGGCCACAAGCGCAUCAUCUUCAGCAGCAUCUCGUGGAUGGGUGGCAAGAACCCCUUCCUGGGGAUCGCCUACCUGGUGGUCGGGUCCCUCUGCAUCCUCAUGGGCUUUGUCAUGCUGGUCGUCUACAUUCGCUACCAAGACCAGAACGAGGACGAAGACGAUGACUGAUUC